AAUAUGCUGCGGCGGAAUUUCAAAUUUUAUUUGAGUAUAUUUUUAAACGUUGUAUUAAUAGCUUGGUUUUUAAUUAAAUAUAAAAAUUCUAGUGUAAUAAAAUUAACUAUUAAUAGAAGCAAAUUAAAUGUGGAUCAGAGAGCGGAACCCAAUAAAUUAACCAUUCUGCAACAUAUUGCGAAAAAUAUUCCCUACUUACCAAUAGAAGAUCUAGGAGUUUUUUUCAGUAAAGUACGUAACUACAAUUAUACUUGUGCACGGUAUCCGGGCAUUAUGGACAUACACAUACAAAAUGAAUAUUGGCAAAUACUGAGGAAUCGAAAUCUAACCUAUUACCUAUAUGGAGCUUAUUUGGACGAUAGACCAUUAGUGACAGGAAAUAGAACAUUAAUACGUUUAUUAGCUAUUAUUGAUUUGAUUUCCGAAAAUCAGCAAGAUUAUCCUCGCACAUAUUGUCAAUUAUGGUUUAAAGAUAAAUUCGAACCGUUGAUAGUGCCAGUAGAGACAACUCAUUUUAUAUGGAGAUAUAGAUGGGGUCAUGAUUCACAAUAUAGUUUUCCACAUAUUUUAACAUGUAACCUGCCAGAAGAUUAUAAAGAUCUUAUACCGAAAAGUGUGUCCUUGGUAGCAGCACCCUGUAAUAAAGCCUCUAAUAUAUUGAGGGUAAUUAAAAGACCAUUGAAACCUUUUGAAAAGAAAAAGGAAUUUGCUGUUUGUAUAAAGGGUUUAGAUUUUCCUUAUAAAGAUAUAUCCUAUCGCCUGGUGGAAUAUAUAGAAUCAUUACGUGUACUGGGAGCCCAAAAGGUAAUCGUUUAUAACUUAGAGGUACAUGAUAAUGUAACAAAAGUUUUAAAUUAUUAUCAACAUACAGGAUUUGUAGAAUAUCGUCCAUUUAGUUUUUCUCUCAAGUAUUCCAAUUUACCAGAAUUCCGCCAUUUGCAAUUGAUUACAAAAAAGGAUGCCUUUCGUUUGCAUGAAAGUAUACUAUAUAAUGAUUGUAUUUAUAGGAAUAUGUAUCAAUUUAAAUACAUAGCUGUCUGGGAUAUAGACGAACUACCUAUACCUUUAAAACGUUACAAAAACUGGCAUGAUCUGAUGUUAUUAGCUGAAAAUUCCAAAGAGUAUAUGUGUAAAAGCUAUGCCAGUUUUUGUUUUUUGUGUGCCUAUUUUCCAAGUUAUAAGGGAAAUUUUUCCUUUGCCAAAGAGUUUCCAGAAUAUUUCUAUAUGCUGCAACAUGUAAAACGUGUGCGUGAUAUUGCUGACUAUGGUUAUGCCAUGAAAUGUCUACAUUCUACUGAUCAUAUUAUAGCUACCCAUAAUCAUUUUCCCGUACACUAUGCUGCCGAUUCUAGGGAUUAUACCUUUAGCAGCAGUGUUGCCCAAAUGAAUCAUUAUCGUGAGCCACCUUUUAAGGAAAAUCUUACGAAUCCUAUUAUGGACAAGAGUUUGUGGAGAUUUGCUCGUCGAAUAGUAAAGAAAUCAAUGAAAAUAUUUGAGGAAUUGGAUUUUUUUGAGAAAUUCUAAAAAAAAAUCUUAUAUUUUUAUAAAAAUAAAGAA